UACGUAGUGCGCUAUCUCUCUCUCUCUCUCUGUGCUUCUGGAACCUAAUGGAAGCGAGAGCAGGCAGCCUUCUGCCUGCCGCAUGUACCCCCGGCAGCAGCAGCGCAGGCGGCUCGCGCGUGCGCUGCCACUCGUCCGGAGCUGGUUCGAAUCUAGAUCCCGAUGCCGGCGAUUUCUGAAUGCGCUGGAGUGGCCCUCAAGGAAGAGUCGGGCCGAUGGAUCACAAGCGCUUUCCUUCGAUUUGUGAGGACUUUCGUGACCACCCUCCCUGCCACGCUUUCUGGAGCCUCGAACCCUAUCUGGCUUCAUAGAUCUGCGGUCUUUGCGGGCGGAUCUUUUGUGCGGUCAUGUAUGCUGUCGGGGAUAUAUAAAUGCAAUCCAGUGGCAAUGUAAGGUAGCAUCUGGUUCAAGUCAUAUUUCAGAAGAAUCUCCGGGUCAAUCAUUCUGUACUUUGCGUAUGAUGGGUGAAUCUUGGUGAUUUCCGGUGUGUUGGUUGGGGGUUGUGGUGACUGCAUGAAAUUUCGUGCCACUGCGCGAGAUUGUCGAUAGCUGCGCAUCGUUAGGAAGGCGCUAGGGAUUGCAUCGCACACUAAACGAAGAGCAAGGCGAGCAGCGCUGCAGAUUUGAUCCUGAGCUGGAAGUGCAAGUUCCGAAACCAUGGAGAAAGUCGGACCGUUUCUGGUGUUGUGGUUGGCGGUGUGCAGUUGGUCACUCGUUCGAGCAGAAUUCCAGACUUUUCGCUCUCCGGUGAUAUCUAUCGGCCCAGGCGAUGUUUCGGAGCAAUACUUUCGCACGAAAAUGCCGCCUGGUCAUGUAGGGAUCAAAAGUUUUUUCGGCGAAAUGGUAGAGGAAGAUGGCACGCCAGUUCCCGUGAGCGAAUUGUAUCUCCACCACUGGCUUGUGGUGAGAAUGCACACGAAGAAGAAUGAUGAUGCAUUGCUGAGGGGAAUGAAAGAUGUUUACGCGGGUAAUGAUGGCAUAUGUCAGGGCUCGAUACUGCCUCAAACCUUCGGUUCUGGUUCCGAGACUCGCCACACUAGCUAUAGUCUUCCAGACCCUUAUGUCGUGGAGAUCGGUAAUCCGGAUGAAGUUCCUUACGGUUAUGAGGAGGUGUGGCUACUCAAUGUUCACGGAAUCGAUACUCGGGGUGCCAUCAACCCCAGGUUCUGCUUAGAGUGUCGAUGUGAAUCAUAUAAUAUUUCUUCAGUAACCUCCGCAGGAUUUCAUGUACCUGAAGAUUAUGUAGGUGGUCUCAGGUGUUGCCACAACAAUGAGCACUGCGCAGUGAAGGAGGGAUUUCAGGGGAAAAAAAGGGAUUUGUACUUCCAGUACACGGUGGAAUUUCUUCCGAUGGAACCUUCCCUUGUACCUGUUAAUGUCUACCUACUGGAUGUCACGGACGACAGAACUUCUAUGGAAGAGAAACCCCGAUGCAAGGUUGAGUAUCAUGUGGAGCAGUGUGACAAGAGUAAGGAUAGUGCUUGUCUUCAUGAGAUGAAAGCCGUUGCGUCCCUUCCAAACGAGAAAGAGGUGGACGUCGUCUAUGUCAAUGGACAUCUACACAUUGGAGGACACAAUAUUGAACUGCGCCACGAGGAUGGUGGGUUAAUUUGCAAUUCAGAAACAAUCUAUGGAAAAGGAGAUGAAGCUGGAAAUGAAGCAGGGUAUGUAGUAGGAAUGACCGCAUGCUAUCCUGAAAGAGGCACGCAGAGGAUCAAACCCGGAGAAGAAUUGCACAUAAGAGCUGUGUAUAGUAGUGAGGAAGAGCACACUGGAGUCAUGGGUCUCAUGUACAUUUUGACUGCAGAAACGUUGCCGGAAAAAGAUUGUCAUUCUUUUAUGUGGAAAACUUCAGGGGCAGUUCUUGUUAUAGCUCUAGCCAUUUCUAUCAUUGGUUUUAGUUCGUACCGAUACAUUUCAACGAAAAGGAGUAGUGUUGGCUAUGAAAGCCUAGUUCAGCCUUGAUCAGUGUAUAUAUGAGCACAUAUAAUAUAGAAAUCGAAAAUAGAACUCGGUUAGAACUCUGUUCUGUGUUUUGAACUUGUCUUAUAAGAUUACAUUAGUAUUUACCUCGGUCAUUUCUUCCCAUAUUGUAGGAGCUUUUGGUCGAAAUUCGUGUAUAUAAAAGGUAUUGAUAUUCAACAAUCAUAGAGAAAAUAUGUGCACAUCUUGUGCACAUAUGUUUGGCGUAGAUAAUUCUAUAACAUUGUCAUAUGUGUACAAUGCUCACCUGAAAAUCUAC